AUGAAUACAGAGCUUCAGAGAAAAUCCGUGACACUGGAGGCUGGUGACGUUGAGUUACGCAAGAAUGUAGAUGACGACGGACGAGAAAAACGAACUGGAACCUUGCUUACGGGGAUUGCACAUAUCAUCACGGCUGUUAUAGGAUCAGGAGUGUUGUCUUUAGCGUGGGCUAUUGCACAACUGGGCUGGAUUGCUGGGACGGCUGUUCUCAUCGGGUUUGCCAUAGUUACCCACUAUACCUCCGCCCUGCUGGCUGACUCGUAUCGGACACCUGACCCGGUUUCUGGCAAACGUAAUUACACAUACAUGGAUGUUGUUCGGGCAAAUCUAGGAGGGAUGGUGCAAUUAUGUGGUGUCGCUCAAUACGUGAACGUUGUUGGGUCCACCAUUGGCUACAUUAUUACUGCUGCUAUUAGUAUGGGGGCGGUUCAAAGGUCAAACUGCUUUCAUGAGAAGGGGCAUGCGGCUAGUUGUAGUCAGCCAAACUAUCCAUAUAUGAUGAUGUUUGCUGUCAUUCAGAUCAUAUUAAGUCAGAUCCCAAAUUUUCACGAGCUUUCAUGGCUUUCUAUUCUUGCUGCUGCUAUGUCCUUUGCUUAUUCUCUUAUUGGUUUUGGGCUAUCAAUUGCCAAAGUUGUGGGUGGUGUUCAUGUAAGAACAAACAUAGGAAUCGACUUAUCUGGCCAGGAAAAGGUUUGGAAGAUUUUUCAAGCCAUCGGGGACAUUGCGUUUGCUUAUAAUUAUUCUCCUGUUAUCAUUGAAAUUCAGGACACAUUGAAAUCAUAUCCGCCAGAGAACAAGGUGAUGAAGAAAGCAUCACUAGCGGGUGUUUCGACCACCACCAUAUUUUAUGUCCUUUGUGGGUGCAUUGGCUAUGCGGCCUUUGGAAAUGACGCACCAGGAAACUUUCUAACUGAUUUCGGCUUCUAUGAACCCUUUUUACCAAUGAAACUUUUUACCAAUGUGUGCAUCGCGGUCCACCUAAUUGGCGCGUACCAAGUUUAUUGCCAACCUUUAUUCAGUUUUGUUGAAUUGGAGUGUAAGAAAAAAUGGCCACAUAGCAAGUUCAUUACCUCUGAGCGUAUUAUUAAUGUGCCGUUUUAUGGAGAAUACUACAUUAACAGCUUUAGGUUGGUUUGGAGAUCAGCGUAUGUGAUAUUGACCGCGGUCAUAGGCAUGAUCUUCCCUUUCUUUAAUAGCUUCGUAGGGUUAAUAGGGGCGGUUACUUUUUACCCGUCGACUGUGUACUUCCCGGUAGAGAUGUACAUUGCUCGGGCUAAGAUACAAAGGUUUUCGGUCACAUGGAUUUGGUUGAAGAUUCUAAGUUGGGUUUGCUUGGUAGUGUCGCUAGUUGCGGCUAUUGGGUCCGUUCAAGGUUUGUUGACGGAUGUAAAGAAAUAUCAACCCUUUGAGACAGUCUAAUUUAUAUAUGUUUAUGACGAGGAAAUAAUUAGUUAAGAAUUAUAAUUUCUAAAU